AUGUGUCUAAACCGAAGAGCUGAUCCUGGUUAUGAGAGUGGUGCGUGGGAAUUUGUGAGGUGUGUUGGUGCAGAUUUGCGAGAGUCUGAGUUGAUCAUUUGCCCAUGUAUUGAUUGUCGCAACGUAGCUCGUCACUCAGCCAGUGUUAUUGUGGAUCAUCUAGUAACAAGAGGAAUGGAUUUGAGUUACAAGAUGAGGGAGGAUUGGUAUCACCAUGGAGAAGUAAUGUCAGGGACUGACAGUAGAAGCAAUGGAAGUGAGAAGAGGAAUGAGAUUUUAGGGUUAUACCAAGCAGCUGCCUUUGUUGAUGAAGAGUUUCUUAGGCAUGGUGACUUAAGUGAGGUUGCUGAAGGUGAAGAUAAGGCAGAAGAUGAGUUUCUUGCUAAGCUAGCCGAUGCAGAAACACCUCUGUAUCCAAGUUGUGCUAACCACAGCAAGCUCUCUGCAAUUGUUUCACUCUUUAGGAUAAAGACACAGAGUGGUUGGUCUGAUAGAAGCUUCGAUCUGCUGCUUGAGACUUUGCCACAGAUGCUACCCGAGGAUAAUGUCUUGCACACGUCCUUGUACGAAGUGAAGAGGUUUUUGAGAUCUUUUGAUAUGGGUUAUGAGAAGAUACACGCCUGUGUGAAUGACUGCUGUCUAUUCAGAAAGGAGUUUGAGAAGCUAGACAAAUGUCCGAAAUGCAAUGCUUCAAGAUGGAAGAUUAACUUGCGCACAGGUGAUGUGAAGAAAGGUAUUCCACAGAAAGUUCUAAGGUAUUUUCCCAUAAUCCCACGGCUGAAGAGGAUGUUCAGGUCAGAGGACAUGUCAAAGGACUUGAGGUGGCAUUUUACUAAUAAGAGCACUGAUGGAAAAAGCAGACAUCCGGUUGAUUCUGUUACUUGGAAUCAAAUGAAUGACAGAUACCCUUCAUUUGCCGCUGAAGAAAGAAAUCUUCGGCUUGGGCUGUCCACAGAUGGGUUCAAUCCUUUCAACAUGAAGAAUGUGAACUACAGCUGUUGGCCUGUUUUGCUUGUCAUUUACAACAUGUCACCUGAAAAGUGUAUGAAGGAGGAGAACAUCAUGUUGUCGUUGCUGAUUCCUGGUCCAAGCCAACCUGGUAACAAUAUUGAUGUGUACUUAGAACCGCUUAUAGAGGAUCUAAACCACCUGUGGGAAAAGGAGAGUCAACGUAUGAUGCAGUCAACCACACCACUUUCACAUUAA